AUGGCUGAGAAAUUUUCCUUUGCUUAUGAGGAGACAAAAAUUGGAUGUCAUCUCUUAACUGAGUGGAAAUAUGGUCGAUUACAAGUCCGUAAAAGUGGUUUUGGCAGGAGAGGACGUAGUAGCAACAAAGGUGGUAGACCAGAUAUAACAAUGAAUGAUGCGUUUUGUUAUUUGAAGAGAAUUAAGGACAUGUUUUGGAACAGAAGGGAGAAGUAUCACAUGUUUCUUGUUCUUAUGAAUGACUUAAGGAAAAAAAGAAUUGAUAUGGUUGGUUUCAUUGCAAAAAUAGAAGGAUUGUUUAAAGGAUAUCCUACUUUGCUCCUGGGAUUAAAUCCUUUCCUUCCCAAGGGCUAUAAAAUAACUCUCAGUAAUGAAGACAAGAGAAAUUUUGAACGAGCAGUCAGCUUGAUGACCAAGAUAAAGGCAUGUUUAGCCCAUGAGUACAAAUACUUCCUAGAUGUUCUAUUCACGUGCGAGAAGGAGCACAAGGAUGUAAAAGAGUUGUAUCGUAAGGCCGCCGUACUUCUCAAAGACCAUCCGGAUCUGCUAGACGAGCUUGCUAAAUUCUUGUCAGUUUCAUCCACCGCCAAACCAUUGUUCAAUUUGGAUGAGGACAGAAUAUCGAUGAACUGAAAUAUCUAUCUUGCUCUUUGGGUCAAAUUUACAAUGU